UAAAUUAAGUGAGAAAUGAGCUACCGAACUGUGUCCAAGUGGAGAUCUGGAAACGUGGGCUUCGGCUGCAGCCACGCCACGCAGGGCUACGGUCUGGGCGUGGCCAUUGCCUGUGGUGAUGCCUCAGAGGUUGGUGUCCUGGCCCGCCUCAGCAUGGAGCCACGUCCGCCCAGUCGAGUGGGAAAGCAUCUUAAGCAGGUAACCUACUACGCUGUCUUGGUGGGGAUUUAUCUGUUCUUCGUGUUGCUGUGCACCGUGUCCGUGGACAAGCAGUCCAUGAUUAUCACACACCAAGUGAACACGAGCCUGGCCAUUGCCCUGAUGCCAAUCUUCUUGCCCUGCCUCCUCUACCUGGGAUUGGUGCGGACGAAGAGCAUUCUGCAGCAGAAGCAGUGCCAUGUGCGGAACCUGGAGGCCGUCAGCACUUUGGGGCUGUCCACAGUGAUCUGCACGGACAUGAGCGGCACAAUGACCAUGCAGCAGUUGCGGGUGUCGGAGAUAUUCGUGGAUGCGGACCUGCUGCGCGUGGAGAGCCUGAACCAAGCGGAGAUGGGGCCGCGCUUCAUAGAGCUCAUCCGAUCCUCGGUGCUGUGCAACGAUGCAAUAUUCUGUCCGGGCUCGAUCCGCGUGCCCAGAGAGAAGAAGACUAUUUAUGGGAGCGACUAUGACAGAGCGCUGCUCAAGUUCAGCCUCCCCUUCAUUCCCAACAUCAACGAGCUGCGGAGCGACCACGAGAAGGUGGCCAACAUGAGCUACAGCAGCAUCGACCGCGUCCACGUGACGGUGCACAAGAUUCGGAACGAGAACGACCGCCCGCGCCACAUCCUCCUGAUGAAGGGCUACGCUGAUGUGGUACUCCGGCACUGCACCACCUACUCGGUGGGUGACGAGGAGCUCCUGCUGGACGAGCCGCUCAAGCAAACCAUUGGGGAUCUGGCCAACCGACUGAUGGAGGCGGGACGGCAUGUUCGCGCCUUCGCCUACAAGGAGAUCCUCUCUGAGGUGGAGCGGCGACGCUUUUCCCAAGUGAACGUGGGCCGGGACAGGACACCAGGCAGGUACAGGGAUUUCCUGGCCGUGAAUACCUUUGCGCUGAGAUUCCUUGGCCUGAUUGCCGCUUACGAUCCGCCCCGCCCCAACAUCGCCAAUGCCGUGUCCAAGUGCCGCUCCGCUGGCAUCAAGCUGGUGCUGGUUACCCACGCCAAGGCCGUCUUUGCCCGUGCCCUGGCCAUGAGCGUGGGCAUCAUUGCACCGCCCAGUGAGUCCGACGACUCGUCGACGAAGCGCCACCAGGCCAGUGCUGCUGUCGUCAGCAUGGAUGAGUUCGUGGAACAGGAAAUGCAUCACCAGCGAUGGAAGGUGGAGCAGCUGCUGCUCGCCCACGCCGACUUGGUGUUCGCGAGAGUUAGCGUGGAGCAGCACAUUGUGAUAGUUGAGGCCUGCCAGCGGCUGGGUGCCGUCGUCACUGUCAUGGGAUUCUCCGUGCUCGACACACCCGCCCUGCGUCGCGCCCAUGUGGCUGUGGCCCAGGAUGCGUGUACGCUGACGAGCGAGGCCAGCGCCGACAUUCGCCUGCAGGAGAGAACCUUCUCCAAGCUGAUGGCUGCCGUCGAGGUGAGCCGCCUGAUGUUCGAGAACACAAAGAAGGCAAUCGCCUACUGCCUGGCCACCAACACGACGCUGUUCCUUGUGCACUUGGCGUUUUUUCUGCUCAAAAUCCCCAUCCGCAUAUUCGUCAUGCAAGUCUUUAUCAUAGCGGUCUUCGUGAACUUGCUGCCUGGUCUGAGCCUGCUCUACGAGAGCGCCGAGGAGAAGCUGAUGAAGCAGAAGCCCAAGAUCAUCGAUGACUUCCUGCUGAAUCGUCGCAUGUUUUUUGUGUCGUGCAUUCUGGUGGGUGUCAUCGAGGCGGCGGCCGUCUUCGUCAUGUACUUCCUGUUCAUGGCCCGCAACGGCUUCCAGCCCAGAACUUUGGUGGGCCUCAACUUCAAGUGGUAUGAUGAAAGCGUCACAGACAUAACUGAUUCGUAUGGCCAGGAAUGGAGUCCCGAGUCCCGACAGCGCCUGGACUGUCAAGUGUCUACACUUUCCCUGAUGACCCUCGCUGCGAUGCAGUGCACCAAUUUAAUGUUGACCCGCACCGGACGUGCCAAUCUGCUAAGCCACGGAUUCUCCAACGUUUACGUGAAUCUGGCCAUUGUGUAUUUGAUUUUCCUUUGCGUACUGCUGCCCCACGUUGAUUCUCCCCACUGCCUGCGCCUGAUUGGGGGCGUAGAAUUGGUUUUCUUCUGGUGGUACAUCUGGCCUUUGGUUACGUUGCUGGCGUUCCUCGAAACUGCCCGGCGAUACCUGCUCAGGCGAUUCCCUGGCAGCUGGCUGGAACUCGAGACAUUUUACUAAACGGAGCUAGGAUGAC